AUGAAUUGUGGGACGGGCCUGGACCAGGGUAAGGAGGAGGUUGACAAUUGCAGCUCUUCGUCACCCGCCAAAGAUAUUUCCGUCAUGCGCAAAUUUCUUGAGUCUGGAAUGGAUUUUACGUGGCCAGGACACCUAGGAGAAUGCUAUGGGAACCACUGCGACCUUAGGCCGGAUGAAUGCAUACCAUUGAAAUGGAUAAGAAAAAUAUCUGACAAGAGUAAGGCCUCGAUCGACAAGUACGAGGCGCCUCCGGGCUUUGCCUUCCGGGAGGCUUUCGUGGUAAAGACCAUACGGGAAACCAAUUCUCAAAAGGCCCGGAGUAUGACAGCUAACGAGGUCAAUAACAUGCGAGACCUCCGCCAUCCCCAUAUCAGUGCUCUGCUUGGCACAUUUGAACAUCAAGAAAGACUGAGCAUCUUGAUCUUUCCAGCUGCUCGUUGCGACCUGCAUCAAUACAUGAAGCAACUGUCCAAAGACCUACAAGGAAUUUGCGAUCAGAGCCAUCCAUCCAAUACCCUACAUCGAGUUGUCAGCCAAUCAUCUGGCACUAGUACGCAAGACAGCACUACAAGUCAUUCUCGAAAUCCACACGGCCCAGAGAUUCCUGCAAGCAAACAGAAGGCCAUUGAAAACCGUGAUAGCAAGACCGAGGCCUGGCCUCUGAUGCUUUCCGUUGAUAGGAGAAUGGAAAUUCUACGAGGCUUCUUCGUUUGUUUAUCUCAAGCACUGAGCUAUCUGCACGAAUCAGGGGUUCGACAUAAGGAUAUCAAACCCAAGAAUAUCCUCAUUGAUGAAUCUGGGAGCGUAAUAUUGACCGAUUUUGGAAUAUCCAGGCGCUUUCCGAAGGACAAACCCCAUGUCACCAAUGACAAGUGGAAUUUUACUCGAAAAUACGCUUCUCCUGAAAUGAUGAAGGGUAAAAGGAUGCUCCGGGACGAUCCCUCUGAUGUCUUCUCUCUUGGAUGCGUAUUCCUCGAGAUAGCCACAUUGCUACUGGGCGAGAAUCUGACCAGUCUUUCCAAACAUUGCACUACCACAGUCAACGUCUCUGCGAAGGAAAAAGCUUAUUACUGCAACCUUGACAAGGUCUACUUAUGGAUAGACCAUCUGAGGGCAUCAAAUGGAUUUAAGCUAGUGCAAGACAGUUGGCGGCCCAGCGCGAUAUCGAGAGCCAAAGAUCUCAUUUCGAGUCCUGAAAAUCGUAUGGUUGGAGCUCUAGUUGAUGUUCGACGAAUGCUGGAUGAGGUUCCCUCGAACCGACCACUGUCUAAAUAUUUAUGGCAGCAAUUUCAAGAAAUCGGCUCAGAGCGAUGUAAAGAUUGUGAUCCAAGACGGCCUGAAGAUAUGUGGGAGCCAUCAAUCAGGCAGCAAAGUAACGCUAAGACUGGCCUCAUCAAUCGUCGCUCUAUGCAUGUGGAAAACGAUCCGGACAUUGAUGCCAGAGAGCCCUUCAGAUACGGAAGAAUUGACAGUACCCUGCUCUCUGCUCAUAAUUUGCUGACUCGUUCUGACCAAAGACGACCGCGCGGAUCCUCACCAAGCACAAGUCUACGGACUUUCACGAGGCGUGAUCACCCCAAAGCAAUGUCAAGGCCAAAGUCUCCGAUCUCUCAACGACCGAUUGAGAGGCCUGGAAGUGCGGGCCGAAAUGAGAGAUCCACAUCCCCUAGACUGCACAUUUCGGAAACAAGUGUAGAGAUGAUGAGUGGCGAAGAGGUCCCAAUUCCAUCACAAAUCAUACCUGCAAGCAUUAUCGAAACCGCAGCGUUGGAUUACCCAGCCCAAAGUCUGAGCAAUAUCGAAGCCAUACCCCUAGGUCCAAGAUCCCAAAAUUCAGGCCUGCGAGCUGCAAAGGGCGACCCCGGAUUGCCUUCUGCCUCCUACCCAACUACCACUUCGCAAACCCUGCAACUCCGAGCAAAUAGUCAAGAGAAAACCAGUUACCGAGAAAGCGUUGCGACGAUAACUAAAGAAACCAUUCCAACUCCACAGACACCGAUCAUAGUUUAUGAUGUAUCCCAAUCUAUAGUUUUCGUGACAGUUUUCGCCUCUCUCAAAGGUGUGUUCAGUCCAUUGCCCGAGUCGCCUUUGUCUCUCUCUGAUGUCAUAUUAAAUGUUUCAGAUCUCGAUUAUAUUUCGUGUCCAUUGCCCAAGACCGGUCAACAGGUUGAAAUUGGCGAGAGGCCAAUACUCAUCGCCAAAGUGAAUCUUGGACCACUUGGCUGGGGAACUCGAAUUCGCCGCUGGAAAGGAGAUUUCCCCAGGAUAUAUGUCCGCAAUUAUGCUGCGCAUCCCCUGCAACCUGAUUAG